UGCACAGCAGUUCCGGUUUCCCCUUCUCUUGGUGUGCUGGACUCCGGACUUCGGGAGUGUAAACCGAUCUCCUGUGGGAGGCCAGGAAGUGGGCUUUUCCCUGCACACCGCACUGCUUAAUUGGCUCCCUGCAUUAUGGUUUUACACCUUCCUCUGAAACACAGGGUGUCGGACACGGCCGGAUUAGACGGGUUUGCUGGGCCGGAUCAGGUCACUGGCACGUUACGUGCGGUUUGGGCCGGAAUUUCCUCCCUAUUGGAACGGAAUCCAAGACGGAUGCUGAAUUUCCAGGCAGCGUAUUAAGGAGAAGCUGAAAUCGAGUGGAAUAAUGUUGGGAAACCCGCUCACCCUACAAACAGCCCGGCUAAGGUGCCAGGUUGCUCCCGUGUUCUCCCACCGCCCCUUUUUGUUUCUGGUUCUCUCGUUGUGCUCACUGCCUGAAAUGUCUUCACCUGAAGGCCCCGUCCGCUCAAGUCUCCCCGCUGUGACUUGCAACUUCAGAGACGCCUUCGCCGGCCCGUCUCAGCACCCGUCUGUAAUCUGAAGGCCUAGGACACAGCCGCGUCAAAGCUGAACAGAUCUUGUUACGAGACUCCACGUGUUAAUUGCAAAGAGGCCUGGCCGCCCCUUACCUUGUCUCUCUCAAUUGCAAAAAGAGGCAUGAAUCCAGCUGUACAGGAAAGGGCUGCCUGUAUGAACAGAUGCUGCCUCACGAAAGGGGGAUGUCGAGCUCCCUCGGGCUGCAGGAGGAGGAGCACGAUCGUGGUUUGCCGUGAGACACGCAGGAGCCGGUGGGGCGAUCUCCAGUGAGCAAAGAGUUUGUGUUGGCAGAGCAACGAGCUCGGUCACCUGGGAAGAUGAGAAGACGUAUGACCUGUUACCUGUUGGUCCUGUUGGCGACCGCGACAACGGGCUACCCCUCUCGACGAUCCGCUGUCGACUUGGACGCGACACCAAGGAUGACGAUCGCCUAUAAUGAGUUAUCCGACGUCCGGCGCUUCCGCGGCCGCGCCCUGAACUACACCACCCUGCUGCUGGAGGACGAGAAGGGGAUCCUCUACGUGGGAGCGCGAGGGGCCAUAUUCUCCUUAAACUCCAGCAACAUCGCCGACGGCUCCCAGAGGGAGAUCCGGUGGGAGGCGUCUCUGGAGAAGCAGAUCGACUGCCUCCAGAAGGGCAAGAACAACAAGACCGAGUGCUUCAACCACGUCCGGCUCGUGCAGAGGCUGAACGACACCCACCUGUACGCCUGCGGCACCUACGCCUUCCACCCGCUGUGCGCGGCCAUCGAUGCCGACAGGUUCGCGCUGCCGCCCCACUUGGAGGAGGGCAAGGAGAAGUGUCCGUACGACCCCGCCCGCGGCUACACCGGCCUCAUCAUAGAUGGCGGGUUGUACACAGCCACGCGGUACGAGUUCCGCAGCCUGCCGGACAUCCGGCGCAACCUGCACCAGCGGCCCCUGAAGACGGAAGAGUCCCCCAUGCACUGGCUAAACGAUGCGGAGUUCGUGGCCUCUGUGCUGGUCCGGGAGAGUGUGCGCAGCCCAGUGGGGGACGAUGACAAGAUCUACUACUUCUUCAUGGAGCGGGCGGCGGAGGAGAGCGCCUCCUUCGACAAGAGCCAGGUGGCCAGGGUGGCCAGGGUGGCGCGGGUGUGCAAGAGCGACCUGGGAGGGAAGAAGAUCCUGCAGCGGAAAUGGACGUCGUUCAUGAAGGCCCGGCUGGUCUGCUACAUCCCCUACUACGAGGUGCUCAAGGCCGUGCACAGCGUGGACGGGGGCAGCUGGGCCAGCACCGUCUUCUACGCCACGUUCACCUUGUCGGCUCAGUGGAGGAGCAUGGAGGCAUCCGCCGUCUGCCAGUACAGCAUCUCUGAGCUGCAGCGGGCUUUCGAGGGCCCCUACAUGCAAUACCAGGACACCACCCGCAAAUGGACCCUCUACGACGGGGAGGUGCCGUCCCCACGGCCGGGCUCUUGCAUCACCAACCGCUCCCGCCAGGACGGCUACCGCUCCUCCCAGGACCUGCCCAACGACGUGCUGGAGUUCGUCAAGCUGCACCCGCUGAUGUUCGAGGAGGUGAAGCCGGCGCGGGGGGAGCCCCUGCUGGUGAAGAAGAACGUGCUCUACACGGCUCUGGCGGUGGACAGGGCGCCGGCCCUGGAUGGCCAGCAGUACGACGUGCUCUUCAUGGGGACGGGUGACGGCUGGCUGCACAAGGGGGUGGUGGUCGGCCCCGCCGUACACAUCGUGGAGGAGCUGCAGGUCUUCGGGGCCCCCCAGCCCGUGGAAAGCCUGGUGAUCUCCAAAGGCCAGAGAAGCGUGUACGUGGGGGCUGCCAGCGGAGUCCUGCAGCUCCCCCUGUCCAGCUGCAGCAGGUACGGCUCCUGCUACGACUGCAUCCUGGCCCGGGACCCCUACUGCGCCUGGGACGGCGAGGGCUGCAGGGAGGUGGCCGGCGCUGCGGACAGGACUCAGCUGACCCAGGACGUGCAGCACGGCAGGGAGGGCUGCAGGAACGGCUCCGCCCAGGCGCCCCCUGUGCAGAAGAACCGGACGGUGCUGCGGGGCGACGACGUGCUGCUGCCGUGCGAGCAGCGCUCCAACCUGGCACGGGCCGCGUGGCUGGUGAACGGCACGGUGGGGCUGGCGGCCGGGCGGGGCCACUUCCGAGUGGGGGUGGACGGGCUGCUGGUGACAGACACCCUGCCGGAGCACAGCGGGGACUAUGGCUGCUACGGGGAGGAAAACGGCCUGCGCUCCCCGCUGGCCGCCUAUGCCCUGACGGUGCUGCUGGAGCCGCCCAAGGAGCGGGCGGCGCCCACGGCCCCGCCACCCCCCAGCCCCGACCGCCAGGCCUCCCCCGACAUGAAGUUCGUCUACAUCGCGGUGAUCGCCAUGCUGGGCGGGCUGUGCCUGGUGCUGAGCGCUGCGCUGCUCCACGUCUCCUGCCUUCAGCGCCGCAAGGGCCGGUACGUGCUGGGCGACCCCCGCGCCCCCUCCGUGGAGCUGCAGACGGUCUCGGCCAACUGCCUGGGCGGAGGCCGGGAGGAGGACGAGCUGAGCCGGGAGGACGGCUGCCUGCAGAUCAUCCCGGGCGAGGCCCCCACGGCGGCGUCCCCGGCCAGGGAGACGCCCCUGGCGCCCCCCCCGCCGCCCCCGCCACUCCCGGCCGAGUUCACCAACGGCAUCGCCGCCCUGCCCAGCAUGCUGCGCAAGAUGAACGGCAACAGCUACAUGCUGCUGCAGCAGCAGGAGGAGCCCAGCCCCUCGCCCCUCUACAACACCUCCUUCGCCGAGGAGCUGAGCAAGAUCCUGGAGAAGCGGAAACACACGCAGCUGGUGGACAAGCUGGACGAGAGCUCCGUGUAGGGGCCCCCGGACGCCGGUCGGAUUCGAUCCCCUGCCCCCGUCCCCCCCCCACCAACCAGUGUUACACAAACCCACGGGAAAACUACCUCUGGAACCGAACCGCCGGGCUGGGCCUCGGAGCGCCGGGAUCCCUCUUGCCGGGACCGCUUGGGCUCAGAGCCUGUUGUAAAGAGACAUUGAUUGAAAUGGGACGUCUAUUUAUGUAUAAAAGAUGACAAUCCGGAAUCAGGAGCCAGACAUACGGCUGGGGCGGGGUGGGGCGGGAGGAGACGCCUGCCCGGACGCUGGCCUCGGACCACGGCAUCGGACCGCUCCGGCGAGGUCUCUCCCCAGCCCUGGGAGCGGCAGCCGGGCCGUGGAGAGGUGGGAGCUGGCCCCUGCGCGCUGAGAAGAGGUAGGUGACAAUGGCGGCAGGUGUUAAAGCCCUGCCUGCGAGCUGCUUUCUGGUGAACGCUCUCCCGUAGCGUCCCAGCGCCAGGUCGGGGCCGAACGCUGUGGCCGUUGCUCGCCAGGGGCUCGCCCAGCGCUCGGGCACUUCAUCGCUGCCGGUGGUGGGGUUGGGUCUGGCAGAGCAGCGUCCAGCAGCCCCAGCUGAGAUCGGGGCCCCGUCGUGCUGAGGCUGGGCAGAGACCGUCAGGCGGUCCCUACCUGCUAAGCAGACGAGACAGAGAGCACCAGCCAUCCCCACCGUGCAGAGCGACUCACCCAGGGAGUUGAACCCUGAGCUUCUGGGGUGCAGCUUAGUGCUUGAACCACUAGGCCAGCCUGCCUGAUGGCAGCUGUGCCCUACUGCGUGGUUUUGUUUAAUAAUAAUAAUUGGAGAUAUACCCAUCUCCUAGAACUGGAAGGGACCUUGGAAGGUCAUCAAGUCCAGCCCCCUGCCUUCACUAGCAGGACCAAUUUUUGCCCCAGAUCUCUAAGUGGCCCCCUCAAGGAUUGAACUCACCACCCUGGGUUUAGCAGGCCAACACUCAAACCACUGAGCUAUCCCUCCUCUUUCUGGCCCUGUUACCUUCCAGUGAAAUAUUAUAGUACACUCACAAGUUCACAGGGUGUCUAGCAGGGCGGUCCAGUGGUUUGACCAGCAGGCAUGGGGUGGCUGCGUUGCACACACAGGGUGACCCAGCCCCACUCCCAUGAGGGGGGGGCCCUCCUCCCCCGCCCAUCAUGUGGGCGGUACUUUAGGGACAGUUCUCAGAGUCUGAACAAAUUACAGUGGGAUUAUUUUCUGUCUCCCUCCACCUGUCCCGCCAGGGGCUGUAGUUUCCUGGCUUCCAAUGCCCAGGGGGAGGAAGUCCCCCCCCACCCCCCAACAUGGGGCAGGGAUCCCCAUCCCAGCAGGCAGUGGGCCCGUGGUGAGGGGUCGACCUGCAGAGCCCUGGCGUCUACUGGCAGAGAAGCGCUUCGUGGCCUUGGGCAGCGUGACGCCCAUCCUGGCCCUCGGGGUGAUUUGGGGGGUGGAUUCCCCAUGGCGGGAGGGGGUUCCCCAUCUGGGGGCUCUUUGAGCUGCUCCGACGUGGGGUGCUGGGCUCAGCCCUGGGGGUGACAGGCGAGGGGCAGCAAUGCGCUCCACGGUGCACGGCUCUUUCCUCCCUCCACGUGUGUCACGGGGCCCUGCAAUUCAUCACGUGCUGCAGAUGGGGUGAGACACAGAAACACCCCCCCCCCCCAGCUCUGUGCUGCCUCGUCCUAGCCUGGCUCAGCCCUGAGCUGGUGGCAAGCAGCUGCUUCCAGCCUGGCCUGAGUCUGUUUGACGUCCCCGGGGCCCUGGGCAGAGCGCGUGGUCCCAGCCAGCCCCAGGCAGGGGAACUAGCCCAGGUUCACUCCUCCGAGAGCGUUGGCGAUGCCGGCAGAUGGGGCGAUGGGAGAGUUGAGUUGGCGCCGGCCUGCAAGGAUCUUGCCCAGCUCCUGAGGCGUGUGCAGCUCGCUCCUCUAUACCUCUAACGCGCCUGGCGGCUCGGCUCCUAGGGGUCCCGCUCGGCUGCUUAGCUGGGUUCAACACCCGUCUCGGCCCUCGCAGGCUCCCGCCCUGCUCCCCUGAAGCCCAUCAGACCCCAGAUGGGCCCACCCUCCCCCUGGCUUGGCGAGAGAGACCUGCCCUGGACCCAUGAGAACUGCUGCUCUUUGGGGUCAAUGGACCAUGCAAACACAGAAAAGUAUCCAGGGAAAAAACAGCCCAUCUGGCCCCUGACUGCCCCCCAGCCUGGGGUCUGGAGGAGAGAUGCCCUGGAGGAUCUGGGCCCUGUCUCUGAGGCCUGGAAGCUGUUGGCUGGCUUAAGGGCAUCUUUGUGUUUGGUCUGCAGAGGUGCCAAGCUAGUGGGAUCAUCACAGACAUCGGGCGCCCGUGCUCCGCGGGGAGCCAGGCAGCAAAGGAACAGGCCAGCAAGGCAGGUUGAAGGAUGCGAUCGACCUGGGGUGUUAGCUAGAGAAAUGCCCCUCACACCCGCGCUCUGAGUAGCCACCUGGCUCUUUGAGCCGGCCCAGCUUUGCCCCUGACACCGGGCUGUGUGUGUACUGCCGAGGUAUCCUGGCUUCUGCGGGGCUUUAGUCAGUAUGUGAAUUUCGGUAGGGCCUGGGAAACCCCAGGCGAGGAUCAGGGCUCAUAAACACGGCCAAGCUGGGUCAUCUAUCUAGCCCGGUGUCCCAUCUUCUGACGGUGGCCAACGCCAGGUAUUUCAGAGGGAGUGACCAGAACUGGGCAAUUUAUCGAGUUAUCCAUCUGCUGCUGUCCAUUCCCAGCUUCUGGCAGCCAGAGAUUUAGGGAUAUCCAGAGCAUGGGGUUGCAUCCCUGCCCAGCCUGGCUAAUAGCCAUUGAUGGACCUGUCCUCCAGGAACUGAUCUAGUUCGUUUUUUGAACCUUGUUAUAGUCUUGGCCUUCACAACAUCCCGUGGCAAUGAAUUCCCCAGGUUGACUGCGCGUUGUGUGAAACAAUACUUCCUUUUGUUUGUUUUAACCCUGCUGCCUAGUAAUGUCUUUGGGUGAGCCUUGGUUCUUGUGCUGUGAGAAGGAGUAAAUGACACUUCCUGA